GGGCCGUUUUCUUCACCUGCCCCGCUUAACGCGUUAAACCUGGCUUACGGUAAGCCUCGCUUAACGUUAAGCCGCACAUUUAAGCGAGGCUUAAAAAAUUACAUUUCUUCACCCCGGUUUAGCAAUCUGAGAGGCUCGCUUACCGUAAGCCGCGCUUAGGUAUAUUUCCCGUUUGGUCGCCCUAUUUUUCCAUUUGACCUGUCACUUUAAGCCGACGAUGAUUGUUUUGAUGUGAUACGCAAUCGAGAAAUUCGACAUUGAUCAUUAAUGAGGGCCAAUUUCGUAAAUCAUGUGUUUUUCUUUUCACAGUAAUGAUGAAUGUUUCCUUGAGAAUUACAUAUUUCUCAACACAUAACACCAGGAAACAGUCAUUUUUAUAAAUAAGACUUUGGCUCUUAUGAGAUAGUGUCAGUAGUAGAAGAAUUGAAUCUAUUUUUCUGUUUUUAACAACUCGUUGGGACUUUGAACAAAAAGAUGCGGAAGAAGAAUUGCUGCUGAGAUUAGCAUUGAAUAGAAAAGACGUAAUUGAAUGCAAGGUCAGCGACGUUAAAAGGAACGACGAUAAAGUUCGCAUGUGGGAGGAAAUCACUAGAGAGUUCAAUACGAGCUGCCUCAAUACGGUGAGAACGCUGACAGUACUCAAAAAGAAAUAUGAAAAUAUAAAAAAGAACAUCCGUCAGGCGGUUUCAAAGGAGACAUUAUCGCGUAGAGCCACUGGUGGCGGUCGAGGCCCUGAAGAAUGGCGGCCAAAAUCAGAAGCGAUGGCUGAGCUACGAGAAGUAAUCGCGUUGUCUGUCGAUGGACUUCAAUCUCUUUGCGACGAUGAUGAUGAUGAAGAAACCGUUGCUGCUGUGCCAAAAGAAUCCACAACAUUGAUUGAGCCCGAGAUAGAUUCUCAGAUAGAGCCUCAUGCUGAAGUGGAAGCAGCAACGAGCGAUGGUUAUGAGGUUGAAUAUCUAGAUGACGAUUCUAGAUCUGCUAUCAACAAUGAGGUUGCAUGUGAUAAAGUGAUCGAAAGUGAUCACAUUGAAGGAUCAACCGGUGAUGAUCGAGAUCAACUAGCGAGUCCCAGCAAAAGUACGAGUUCUGUCCCAAAAUCUGGUGAUACAUGGGACAAAUACAGCCCCGCUAUGCUCAAACGGCCGAAAAGUAAUCUCCUUCAGGCAAAAUCGAAGCGCCAGAAGACCAUUGAGCAGGACCUUAAAAAGAAAAUUUUAGAACGCAAUGAAGAGAUGAUGGAGGAGGUUCAUCGUCUCGAUGUCCAAAAACGAAGAACUGAAUUGGAAUCGGCUCACAUCAAUCUUCAAACCGACAAAAUAAAGCUACAAAUGGAGCAGCUUCGUUAUCAGCAUAUGAGGGAGGAGCAUGCGCUUCGGAUUAAAUUGUUGAACAAUUCCAUCGGAAAUAAUACGGAAACAACCACGAACAGUUCUGGUUCAAUAAGUGACUGAAUCAGGUAUAUACCUACUAAUAAUAAACGAUGACAACAAUUAAAGUUUGAUGUAUAUGAAUAUAAACACAAGUCUUUUAUUUACGUAAGAUCCUUUUACAGUUGAGCAAAAUAGUUU